AUGGCGGUAACAAACGGACACACAAACGGGCACUCCAGGGCCGCCCACAACAGACUCUUCCACGCCGAAUCCUCCGUCAACAUCGAGGACUUCAAAAAGAUCUGCUCGCGCACCACAGAUCCUAACACUUACCCACUCGCAUCAACCAUUGAAAAGAAUAUCCCCAUCUAUGACGCCUCAACGUUCAACCCACUCAACCAAUCCGAAACAGGCCCCCUCCAAGACGAAUGGUACGACAUCCUCGAAUCAGGCCCGGGCAUCUUCGUUCUCAAGGGCAUGUACGACCCAUCCCGGUACAACACCACCCUAGCCGCAACAAACACCGCUUUCCAACACAUAAUCGACAAAGAGCGCCAAUGGACCGCCAAAAAGGGCGACCACUUCGCGGCGGGCGGUAAAAACGACCGCAUCUGGAACUCCUUCUCCAAACACGCCUUCGCCGAUCCAACCUCCUUCGCAGAUUACUACGCCAACCCCUGGCUCAAAACCGUCAGCGAGGCCUGGCUCGGCCCUGCAUACCGCGUCACUGCGCAGGUCAACAUCGUUAAACCCGGCGGCGCAGCACAAGACAGCCACCGCGACUACCACCUCGGUUUCCAGGACUUGGACGCCUGCGCUGCCUUCCCGCGCUCCAUCCACCGCGCAAGCCAAUACCUUACCCUCCAAGGCGCAGUCGCGCACAGCGACAUGCCCCCCGCGUCGGGCCCAACGAGAUUCCUCCCCUUCAGCCAGACGUAUGAGUCGGGGUAUCUCGCGUGGCGCCGAGACGAGUUCCGCACAUUCUUCCAGGAGAAGUACAUUGCGUUGCCGUUGGCGCUGGGCGACGGGCUGUUCUUUAACCCGGCUGUGUUCCACGCUGCGGGUGCGAAUGAGACGCCGCCAGCGGGUGCGGACGGGCUGGGUGGGUUCCAUCGCAAGGCAAAUUUGUUGCAGAUUGGGUGUGGGUUGGGGAAGACGAUGGAGGCUGUUGAGGCGGCGCCGAUUGUGGAGCGGUGCUGGGGGGAGAUGGUGAAGCGGUUUGAGGCCGCGGGGGGGAAUGUGGAUGGGGAGUUGGAUGCGCUUGUGAGGGCUGUGGGUGAUGGGUAUCCGUUUCCGACGAAUCUGGAUGCGAGGCCCCCGGCGCCGAAUGGGAUGGCGCCGGAGAGUGAGCAGGAGUUGUUGGUUAGAGGGUUGAGGGAGGGAUGGGAUAGGGAGAGAGUGGUGGGGGAGUUGAGGACGCUGGUUAGGGACUCGGGGGCUGUUGCUGCGUGA